UCUCUAUUUAUAUCCUAGUCCCUCCCCUCCCCUGUCGCUCGGCAGCUAUUUCCAGCUCCGUGAAGCAGCCCAGUCUGUUUGUAAACGCCGCCGCUCCGCUCUCUCUCUUUCUCUCUCUCAUCACUCUCUCUCUUCGCCUCUCUCUCUCUCUCUCACUUGCUACACACAGCAAGGGUAAGGCGUGGGCAGCAAUCUGAAUGACCAGAGGACAGGAAAACGGAGGGUGGUUUGGCUUGAGGCUGUGCGUUUGAACGACUCAACUGGUGUUUGAUCGACUGGAUCAGGACGACAGAUCGACGCUUUACCCCCCCUCCUCUCUGGCUUUCUCUUGCUCUCGCUCUCUUACUCGUUCUCUCUGGAGGCAUGCAGCCAGUCUCUGGAGUCCCGACGGACUGAACCAGAGACCUCUCCGGACACUUGACAGGAUCGUACCAGACAGCGUGCAGAUUCUUUGCUCUAUCCUGACCGGUCGCGCGAUCAUGGGACUAGCGGACAAACCGAACGACUCUUUACUUUUUCAGCGUGCAUUAACAGACUAAACAAGGGCACCGGCGUUUGGAAAUCUGCCUUUUUCCCCCCCUCCUGAAGCAUCGUCUCUUUAUUUUUCCACACUCAAAUGCUGAAUUGGGUCUCGAACUUGUGCGCUACUCGUCCUCCCUCGGUUUGUGGGCGGUGCCGCUGCCCGGCAUGCUCCUGAAGCCGACAGUGCCGGGGCUGUGCGCCAUGUUGCAGACCAUCUACGAGACUGAAUCCUGUUUUUCUUCGGACAGCACGGCCGGCACCAACAUGCCCAGUACGGUGGUGGAGGUGAAGAGCUCGCUGCCCUCGGGCAUGCAGAGUCCAGUAGCCGGAGGAGCCGGUGAACAGGGAGGAGGUGGAGGAGGAAGCAGCAGUGGAGGAGGAGGAGGAGGAGGAGGAGGCGGUCCGGUGGACUUGCGUACAGAUCCUCGUCUGAGCGCUCUGAGCGUGAUGGAUCCGGCGCUGAGGGAGCAGCAGCUCCAGCAUGAGCUCCUCCUCCUCAAACAGCAGCAGGAGCUCCAGAAGCAGCUCCUGUUCGCCGAGUUCCAGAAGCAGCACGAGGUGCUGACACGCCAGCAUGAGGUCCAGCUGCAGGAGCACCUCAAGCAGCAGCAGCAGGAGCUGUUGGCGGCGAAGCGUCAGCAAGAGUUGGAGCAGAAGAGGAAGCUGGAGCAGCAGAGGCACGAGGAACUGGAGAAACAGAGGCUGGAGCAGCAGCUCAUCAUGCUGCGGAACAAAGAGAAGGGCAAAGAGAGUGCCAUUGCCAGCACGGAGGUCAAGCUCAAGCUCCAGGAGUUCCUGCUGAGCAAAAAGGAACCUGCGUCUGGUGGCCUCAACCAUUCCUUUCCACAGAAGUGCUGGGGUGCUCACCAUACGUCCAUAGACCAGAGCUCACCUCCACAGAGCAACACCCCGGGCACGCCCCCUUCCUACAAACUGCCCCCUCUACUGGGAUCCUUUGAGGGCAAAGACGACUUCCCGCUUCGUAAGACAGCCUCGGAGCCCAAUCUGAAGGUCCGUUCGCGGUUAAAACAGAAGGUUGCUGAGAGGAGGAGCAGUCCUCUCCUCCGCCGUAGAGAUGGCACCGUCAUCAGCACCUUCAGAAGGAGAGCCAUUGAGAUCUCGGUCUCAUCCAUGUGCAGCAGCGCCCCUGGCUCAGGCCCCAGCUCCCCGAACAGUUCCAACAGCGCAAUCGCCGAGAACGGCUCCAGUGGCUCUGUCCCAAACAUCCACGCCGAGCUGCGUUCUCUGCACCAGUCUCUGAACGCAGACGGCGCGGUGAGCCCGCUGAGCCUGUACACAUCUCCGUCGCUGCCCAACAUCUCUCUGGGUUUGCCGGCUAACGCACACAUCACGGCUCCGCAGAAGCUCGGGGGGCAGCCGGAGGCGGAGCGGCAGGUACAGGGAGUGCGUCAGGGGGCUGUGUUGGGGAAGUUCGGCAGCAGCUCGUCUGUGUCCGUGUGUUUGGACUCAGAACCUCAAUCAGCCCCCAACAGCCACAGCAGCCACAACUCCCUAUUGCAGCAUGUCCUCUUGUUGGAGCAGGCUCGGCAACAAAAUGCACUGCUUGCAGUGCCCAUGUAUGGCCAGUCGCCGUUGGUUACGGGCGAGCGUGUGUCUAACAGCAUGCGAACGGUCAGUAAACUGCCUCGGCACCGUCCCCUGGCGCGCACGCAGUCGGCGCCGCUACCGCAGACCCCACAGGCGCUGCAGCACCUCGUCAUCCAGCAGCAGCACCAACACUUCCUGGAAAAACAGAAACACUACCAGCUCAACAAGAUCCUGUCCAAAGGGGCGGAGCUCCCACGCCAACCUCCCACCCACCCAGAAGAGACAGAGGAGGAGCUUACCGAGACGACUGAGAUGACAGAGGAGUGGGGGGAGGGGCCUGAGCGUGUGAGGGAGGGGCUAAGCAAAGAAAGUUCCGGCGAAACCACGCCGCCUUCUGAGCGGGUGGUCCAGCUGAAAGGCGAGAGCACGGAGAGCGACCUUGAGGAAGAGGACGACGAGGAUGAAGCCAUCGAGCUAAAGGAGUGCGAUGAAGAGGGUGACCCCUACAGGCAGUUCUCGGAGCAGCAGCACCUGCAGCAGCUGAAUGUGUUCCAGGCGUCUCUGUCCAUCACGGGAAUGCCGCACAGGCCCCUGGGAAGAGCGCAGUCGUCCCCCAUCACCUCCUGCCUUAAAGCCACUCCAAUGGCAGAAUUACCCAUCAAGCACCUCUUCACUACAGGUCUGGUGUACGACACGCUCAUGCUGAAGCACCAGUGCAUGUGCGGGAACACACACAUCCACCCGGAGCACGCCGGACGUAUCCAGAGUGUGUGGUCCAGGCUGCAGGAGACAGGACUGCUGGGCCGCUGUGAGAGGAUCCGGGGCAGGAAGGCGACCCUGGAUGAGAUCCAGACGGUGCACUCGGAAUAUCACACCCUGCUGUACGGCACCAGCCCUCUCAACCGCCAGAAACUCGACAGCAAGAAGCUCUUAGGUCCAAUCAGUCAGAAGAUGUACGCCAUGCUUCCGUGUGGAGGGAUUGGGGUGGACAGCGAUACCGUGUGGAACGAGAUGCACUCAUCGGGAGCCGUCCGCAUGGCCGUGGGCUGCGUUAUCGAGCUCGCCUUUAAAGUAGCAGCCGCAGAACUAAAGAACGGGUUUGCUGUCGUCCGUCCUCCGGGUCACCACGCAGAGGAGUCCACGGCCAUGGGUUUCUGUUUUUUCAACUCGGUCGCUGUUACCGCUAAACUGCUGCAGCAGAAACUAGGCGUGGCCAAAAUCCUCAUUGUAGACUGGGACAUUCACCAUGGUAACGGGACCCAGCAGGCGUUUUACAACGACCCCAACGUGCUGUAUAUCUCCCUGCAUCGCUACGAUGAUGGAAACUUCUUCCCUGGCAGCGGCGCACCUGAAGAGGUGGGAGUAGGUCCUGGUGUGGGGUUUAAUGUAAACAUAGCGUGGACAGGUGGAGUCGAUCCUCCUGUGGGUGAUGUGGAGUAUCUUACAGCCUUCAGGACAGUGGUGAUGCCCAUUGCUAAUGAGUUCUCUCCUGACGUGGUGCUGGUGUCGGCUGGCUUCGACGCCGUCGAGGGUCACCAGUCCCCACUCGGAGGAUACAACGUCACCGCCAAAUGUUUUGGUCACCUGACAAAGCAGCUGAUGAAGUUGGCGGCCGGGCGCGUUGUCCUGGUGCUGGAGGGGGGUCACGACCUCACCGCCAUCUGCGACGCCUCCGAGUCUUGUGUAGCCGCGUUGCUCGGAGACGAGCUGGAUCCAUUGCCUCAGUCUGUGCUUCAGCAGAAACCGUGUCCGAAAGCAUCAGCGUCCCUUGAGAGGAUCAUCGAGAUCCAGAGUAAACACUGGACCUCGGUACAGAGAUUAGCGCCCACGGUGUCUCAGUCUUUGCAGGACGCUCAGCGGCGGGAGAAGGACGAAGCGGACACGGUGACGGCCAUGGCAUCUCUCACUGUGGACACAGAGCACACGGCGUCCUCCUCACAGAGCAGCAGGGCUGCCGAGGAGCCGAUGGAGGAGGAGCCCGUGCUGUAGGACGGGGAGACGUCCAUCACGACGCCAUGGCGUCCACGUUUGCUCGGCAGCGACGCUCGCCCUUGAGUCACUCGUCCUUUCCUUCCACGCAGCUCUUUGAUCGGUUCCUUCACUCGUUCUCCAGGUUGCUCGAUGGACGUACGCAGAACUCCGCUCCACUCCCACAGGAGGAGGAACAGGAGGAGGAGGACCGAGUGGGUCGCCAAACACACCUCCGGGAGCAGGACCGACUUUUUACUUUUAAACGUUUUAUUUUUAUGGAACGUGCGCAAAGAGACGACGCUGGGAUGUUGUCACGCUAAAGGAGCGUAAAAAGUGAGACAAAAAAAAAAAAAAAAAAACUAAUUUCCUGUACGAGACGAUGAAACGAUUUUAGUGCAGACGCUGACGUGUGGAGGAGCUCUGAGGCGCUUAACCGCAUUGAAAAGGAUAAUCUUUAUGUACACUUACAAAAGCACACAGAUGUGUAUGAAUAUUACACAUGUACAGGUAUAUAUGUGCGUGCGUGCGUGCGUGUGUGUUUUGUAAUUGUCCAUUUGUGGAGGUGGAACUCGUGACCUUUUUUGGCACUUUUUUUUUCUUUGAGGAAUCAUCACAUACAAACACACACAGAUUGAUCCAUAGCCACACAAAAAGAAAGCACACCGACUGAUUGACUUACUGAAUCACUGACUCAUUGACUCGCUUACUGAAUGUCUGAAUCACUAAUAACUGAUUCACUAAAACACUCACAGAAUCACUAAAUGACUCAAUGAAUUUGGUAACUCACUGAAUCACUGACUCAUUGAAUUACUAAAUCCUCUGCUGUGUCACUGGUUCACUGACUGACUCGCUGAAAGACUGAAUCACUAAUAAUAAUUGACUCGAUAAAACAUAGGAUCACUGAAUGACUCACUGAUUUGGUAACUCUAAAUAAUUGACUCACUGACUGAAUUACUGACUCACUGAAUAAAUCGCUGAAAGUCUGAAUCACUAAUCUUUGUUUGACUGAUUGACUGAAACACAGAGAGAAUCACUGAAUGACUCUGUGCUUUGGUAACUCACUGAAUCAUAGACUCACUGACUGAAUCAAUAACUCAGUCGUUCAAAGUCUGACUCACUAAUCCCUAAUUCACUAAUACAGAGACAGAAUCGUUUAAUAACUCACUGACUGAAUCACUGACUCACCAGAUCACCUACUGAAUCCCUUGACUCACUGACUGACUCCUUUCUCACUCGCUGAUUGACUCACUUUUAUGGAUUGACUCAUUGAAUCACUGAUUCACCAAAUCACUAACUGACUCACUGACUGAGUUAAACACAUGGAUGGUUCUGGUAUUUGACUUAAAAAGGAAUUUGGGCAGAUCUGGUGCCUUUUAUACUACAAAUACAAUUAAUGCUUCAAACACACACACACACACACACA